CUUCUCUCUUUUUCUAGCAAAAUUUUCAUUUUACAUGAAUUUCUUCUUUCAUUUGGGUUGAUGGGUUUGUUUUUGCAAAGCCAUGAAACCCCAGAAUUGCUUUCUCUGUUCUUCAUUGAUUCUUCAUGACCUUGGUUUCGAUGCUGUCUCUGUUUUUUCCAGCAACAAAAAAGGUUGUACCAUGGAAAGUUCUCAUCUGGUUUGUUCUCUAUGUUAUGCUUACUUUGAUUUUCUUGAGGUUUUUCAAGAAAACCCAUCUUUGUUUUUUUGUGUUGGACGGACCCCAUGUUUUUAGUCUGUUCAUACAGUUCCUAAAAUCAAUUCACACACGGGGAAUACCUUUUGAUAUUUGUUUAUCUUGAUAGACAAGGUAUUUUCUGUGCGAUUCCACAAACCCUUUUUGAAUUCAAGGCUAAGCAUUCCAUGGCUACCUCAUGUUUCCACGGAUUUCGAUUUAGGAAAUCCAAGGGGAAACCUUUUCCAGCCCCUUCUUCGUCAAGAACUCAGUUGAAUUCUGAUAUGGAGAACAUGGAAAGGAGGAGAUUUGAUAGCUUGGAUUCAUGGUCGAUGAUAUUGGAGUCAGACAAUGUGGAGAAUUGGGAGACAUCAAAGGAGGAUCAAGAGGAAUGGACGGCUGAUCUUUCUCAGUUGUUUAUAGGUAACAAGUUUGCUUCUGGGGCUCAUAGUAGGAUAUAUCGUGGUAUUUAUAAGCAGAGGGCUGUUGCUGUAAAAAUGGUCAGGAUUCCAAACCAAGAUGAGGAAACUAGAACCAAACUUGAGCAGCAAUUCAAGUCUGAAGUCGCCUUACUUUCCCGUCUUGUUCACCCCAAUAUAGUGCAGUUCAUUGCUGCUUGCAAAAGGCCUCCAGUGUACUGUAUCAUCACAGAGUACAUGUCACAAGGGACUCUGAGGAUGUAUCUGAACAAGAAGGAGCCUUACUCGUUGUCAACUGAGACAAUAUUGAGGUUAGCUCUUGAUAUCUCCCGGGGAAUGGAAUAUCUUCAUUCACAAGGGGUGAUUCACAGAGACCUGAAAUCGAAUAAUUUGCUUCUAAAUGAUGAGAUGAGGGUUAAGGUGGCGGAUUUUGGCACAUCUUGUCUAGAAACACAGUGCCAGGAAACCAAAGGAAACAUGGGGACAUACCGCUGGAUGGCACCAGAAAUGAUCAAGGAGAAACCUUACACUAGGAAAGUGGAUGUUUAUAGCUUUGGGAUUGUCCUGUGGGAGCUCACAACAGCUUUGCUUCCUUUCCAAGGAAUGACCCCUGUGCAGGCAGCAUUUGCUGUGGCAGAAAAGAAUGAACGGCCACCAUUGCCAGCUAGUUGUCAGCCUGCACUUGCACAUCUCAUUAAGCGCUGCUGGGCAGCCAACCCUUCAAAGAGGCCAGAUUUCUCUGACAUAGUCUCUGCCUUGGAGAAGUACGACGAGUGCGUGAAGGAUGGCCUUCCCCUAACUUCUCACUCAGGACUUGUGAGCAGAAAUGCCAUUCUUGAACGAUUGAAAGGUUGUAUAUCUAUGAGCUCAUCUAUACCUGUACAUGCCUAAUCCACUAGAAUCAAAGGUAUAUAUUGCUGUUUGCCUUUCUUCUUCAAAGCUCUCAACAUUAGUCCAUAGUAAUCUGUACAUAUUUGAUGUUCUUUUAAUCAUCAAAUGUAACUAAACUAAAUUUGAGGAU